UUUUCCUUUCCUUUAUUCCUAUUUCCCACACUUCUUCUUUCAUCAUUCAUCGCCUUUCACCACGGACGCAGAUCCUUUAUUCCUAUAAUCCUUCCUUCGCUCUCUCCAAAUUUCGACUCUUUCGAUCAGAUCCGCGACACCCACCCCACCAAAACCUUGCGCAACCCAUCCAUGACGCUUGGCUCAGGAGGAUCCAGUGUCGUUGUUCCUAGGAACUUCAGAUUGCUGGAGGAGCUUGAACGUGGUGAAAAAGGAAUUGGAGAUGGCACAGUUAGCUAUGGAAUGGAUGAUGGUGAUGACAUUUACAUGCGCUCUUGGACUGGCACGAUUAUUGGCCCCCAUAAUACUGUACAUGAAGGAAGAAUUUAUCAACUGAAGCUGUUUUGUGAUAAAGACUACCCAGAAAAGCCCCCUAGUGUUCGGUUUCAUUCACGGAUCAACAUGACUUGUGUUAAUCAUGAAACUGGAGUGGUUGAACCAAAGAAAUUUGGUCUUCUUGCAAAUUGGCAAAGAGAGUACACCAUGGAGGACAUACUGACCCAGCUGAAGAAGGAAAUGGCCGCUCCUCAUAACCGGAAGCUUGUCCAACCUCCAGAAGGUACCUACUUUUAGCACCCAAGAUGGUAUAGAUGUUGGAUCGAAUUGCAUAUUUGCUGUAUGCAAUAUAUAGUGUGUAAUGCUUUGUGGAUCCAUCCUUCUGAAUUCUAGAACAUAUAGGGGAAUGCCCCGAAAAGCUUCAUGUUUCUAUCUCCAUGGCUUCAGAGUUGUUUUGUUGUCUUUGUUAACUGUGUUAAAGGGACUGUUUGAUUAAAAUAGUGUGUGUCAAAUAUUUCGAAAACUCUUUUAAGUAGUACUUUCCCUUCUAAUUACAAAGGUGCUUUCAAUUUUAGUCUCGCUUCUUAUUGCAUUGCUUUCUUUCUGUCUUGUAAGUAAGCUGAAGCCAAAUGGAAAAUUGGUAAUGGACAUGUGAA